AUGCCCGAUGCUUCGCCGCCCACCACCACCAACAUCACAAGCCCCGAGGAGACGGACAGGAUGAUACCGGCGACUGUCACCACCACCACCACCACCACCACCACCACCACCACCACCACCACCACCACCACCACCACCACCACCACCACCGGUGAGAACACAGCUGCCCACUGUAUCCUCCACAAUCACUGCAACAACCGCCCUCCGCCAGCAAUGUGA